CUACGCCCCACCCGCCACCUAUCGGACAUCACUGGCCAGUGUGGCUCGCUGGCUUCCAUGCCACUCCACGCCGCGACCUCCUAACUCCUCCUCCCGGUCCGGGCGCGCACACACGGCACCGCAAUAACUUGGCGUCUCGCCUUCGGGAAGGCAGUAGCCGCACUCGAGGGGUUCGCGCAGCCAGCCGGCCAUGGGCACCGCGGGGCGGGGGCGCGGCGGCGAGCCGCUGAAGCUGCGGGUGAACCGGUGCCUCCUCAAGCUGUCCGACCGCGACACGGAGGCCAUGGCGGCGGCCGAGCUGGAGGCCAUCGCGCGGGCGCUGGCCGCGGACGAGCUCGGGGCCUUCGUGUCGGCGGUGUCCGACGCGCGCCCCACGGAUAAGACCCCGCUCCGCCGCCACGCGCUCCGGGCCCUCGCGCUCGUCGCCGCGGCGCACCCGCGCGACGCCGUGGCGCCGCUCGUCCCGCGCAUCCUCACGGCCGCGCUCCGGCGCGUCCGGGACCAGGAUUCCUCCGUGCGCGCCGCGCUCGUCGACACCGCCCGCGCGGCGGCGGCCGCCUCCGCCUCCGCGUCCCCGGCGCUCCGCCCCCUCACCGACGCGCUUCUCCACGAGCAGGAUCAGUGCGCGCAGAUGGCGGCCGCGCUCGCCACGGCCGCCGCCGUUGAGGCCUCGGCCCCCACCGCCGACCUCGCGUCCUACAUCCACAAGCUCCAACCCCGCCUCCUCAAGCUCCUCCGCAGCAAUGCCUUUAAAGCCAAGCCAGCACUCAUCUCUCUCAUCGGCGUCUCUGCAUCCGCGGCCGGUGCCGCCGAAGUUACCUCCUCUGUCCCGUGCCUCCGCGACACAAUCGCCAGUGACGACUGGGCGGCGAGAAAGGCCGCGGCCGAGGCUCUUGCUGCAUUGGCCUUAGAACACAAAGAUCUUCUCGUCAGCUACAAAUCUUCUUGCAUCGCCAUGUUCGAGGCCAGGAGGUUUGACAAGGUCAAGAUUGUACGAGAUUCGAUGAACAGGAUGAUCGAGGCGUGGAAGGAGAUCCCGGACGCUGAAGAGGACGAAUGUUCGUCCGGUGCGCCAACUGCAUCACAGUCACAACGACGAUCUUCUCAUGCAGGGAGUGCAAGUGAUGGGCGAUAUCCAGUUGCAUCAGCGACCAGGAGGAACAGUUUCCCUGCAAGCAGGUCGCCUCCUCCUGAUGCCUCACCCAGUGUCAACAAAAGGCAUAACUCUUCAUCCGCCAGAAACAAGAAGCAAUCACCAACAUCAAAUCGCAAGGCGAGCCAAGCUAAGAACCGGGAUUACAAGGUUGACAUUGUUGUUACACCGGAUGCCACCCCGAUCAAAGUGGUGACGGAGGAGAAGCUUCUGAAAGGAGGAAAUGUGAGAUCAAGACUGGAAGCAAGGAGGAUGCUUUUCCAGGAUGGCGAUGACAGAGCGACCAAGGUGGCUGGACUGAAGGCAGGAUCACGAGUUGUUCCAUAUGAGGAGAGUGGUAACAUGGAAGAAAUUUCCGAGAUUGGUGGAUCAGAGAGGUUUCCGUCAGGUUACAAAGACGAGGGCUUGUCAGAGAUUCGGUCUCAGCUGCUUCAGAUCGAAAAUCAGCAGAGCAGUUUACUAGAUCUUAUCCAGAAAUUUAUGGGGAAAUCUGAGAAUGGCAUGAAUUCCUUGGAGACAAGAGUCCAUGGACUGGAGAUGGCGUUGGAUGAAAUCUCUCGUGAUCUAGCUGCCUCGUCAGGAAGGACGUCAAACAGUGAAGCACAUGUCAACUCCUGCUGCAUUCUGAACCCAAAAUUCUGGAGGCGCCAUGACGCUGGUAGAUUUUCUGUCUCUGAUGGUCGAAACAGUUCAGAGGGGAGCAGAACUUCUUACAAAUGGGAAAGGCAGAAGUUUGGGCUUCAGGGUGGUUUUGUCACCAACCCGUUAGCUGAGCCGAACAAUUCAUCUGCUGCAAGAACGGUGACUGGUCAAGAAGGCAGGAGAAGGAAUUUGACUUUAUCAAAGUCAAGGAUGGGUUAGGCAUGACAAAGACAUUUCUUUGAUCCGUGAGCUGUUCGAGUAAGAUCAUACACAAGCAUGAAGGUAGCAACAUCUUCUCUCUUUUACUGUGACUUCCUGAGGAUCUUCUCCUUUGGCAGAGCCGAAACUAAAAGCGGGUAGAGCGCAUGCAUGAAUCAUGAAGUUCUGUAGGAGUCGCUGCUCUUCUUCUUCUUCUUUUGCCAAGCAUAAAUCCUGAGUAGUAGUCUGAGGCAGAACUCGCUUCUUGAGUUGUGUCCUCACUAGCCACCAGGGAUUCGGAUGAUUCGACCUUACCCGAGAGAGUGUUCAUCAGAACCCUGAUUGUGGAGUUGGGCAUGAGAACGGCCAUUAUCUUUUCUUUUGUCCCGCGCAACCAUGCUACUUCAGAACUGUUUUUUUGGUUUAUAAGAAUGUAGGCACAACGUAUUUCUGUACGAAGCUAUGAAUGUAUCCUGUAAAUAGUUUGGAUAAAA